AUGGGGAGAGGCAGAGUCGAGCUGAAGCGGAUUGAGAACAAGAUCAACCGGCAGGUCACCUUCGCCAAGCGGAGGAACGGGCUGCUCAAAAAAGCCUACGAGCUAUCCGUGCUGUGUGACGCUGAAGUGGCCCUCAUCGUCUUCUCCAACCGCGGGAAGCUCUAUGAGUUCUCCAGCAGCUCCAGUAUGCUGAAGACGCUGGAAAGGUAUCAAAAGUGUAGUUAUGGAGCACCUGAAACAAAUACAAUAUCAAGGGAGACUCAGACCAGUCAACACGAGUACUUGAAACUUAAGGCACGUGUUGAAGCCUUGCAACGAUCACAGAGAAAUCUAUUGGGUGAGGAUUUGGGUCAGCUUUCCAUCAAAGAACUAGAACAACUUGAGCGACAACUUGAUGUCUCAUUAAGACAAAUAAGAUCAACAAGGACACAAUACAUGCUUGAUCAACUUACUGAUCUUCAAAGACGGGAACAAAUGCUUUGUGAAGCUAAUAAAGCUUUGAAGAGAAGAUUGGAUGAAAGCUCUCAAGCCAAUCAACAACUUUGGGAUCCAAGUGCUCAUGCUGUAGCUUAUGGCCGUCAGCAGCCUCAACCACAGGGUGAUGGAUUCUUUCAGCCCAUAGAAUGUGAACCUACACUUCAAAUUGGGUAUCAUCCUGAUCAAAUGGCAAUUGCUGCAACAACACCAGGGCCAAGUGUUAGCAACUACAUGUCAGGCUGGAUUGCGUAA